AUGGAAAACAAUUUAUCAAAUGGAGUAUUUUCAUUCAACUUAAAAAUUUCCAGCUAUGACAUUCACCCUUCUGCUGUGUACCCUAUCUUCAUUAUAGGAAUGUUGGUAUAUCUGUUUUCUGUUGUCUCUAAUCUGACCAUAUUGCUGCUGAUUGCUACUCAGAAGAGUCUCCACAAACCCAUGUUCUACAUCCUCUUCAGUUUGCCACUGAAUGACCUGAUCGGAAUAACUGCGGUGCUUCCUCGUGUCCUGAUUGAUAUUGUAACUCAGGAACACACUGUGUACUACCCAACUUGUGUCAUUCAGGCAUUUUUUAUCCAUAUGUUUGGUGGUGGUACACUUUUUGUAUUAGCAGCGAUGUCAUUCGAUCGAUAUCUAGCUAUCUGCAAGCCACUAAGAUACCACGCCAUCAUGACUCCUUUAACGGUGGCAGGUGUCAUAUUGUUGGCAUGGGGCAUGGACUUCAUUUUGAUACUUGUUUUGUUUCUUCUUCAGCUUAGAGUGCGUAGAUGCAGAAGUUUCAUAAGGAAUAUGUACUGCAGUAACUUCUCAUUGUUGGGCCUGUCAUGUGGGGAAGAUACAACAGUCAAUAAUAUCUACGGGUUGUUCAUCACAGCAUAUAUGCACCUUGUCACUUUAGGAAUCCAAUUCUUCUCAUAUAUUCAAAUUUUACUAGCAUGUGUCUUUAACAAACAACCUGAUGCCAAAUCAAAGGCUCUGAACACAUGCUUGGCCCAGUUAAUAGUAUUGGGAAUGUUUGAAUUUAUCAGUGUUUUCACAAUAACAACCUACCGGUUUCCAAAUGUAACUGCAACCAUAAGAAUGACUGUUGGGAUGAUGACAUUUGUGAUCUCACCUGUUUUCAAUCCUAUUAUUUAUGGAAUGAAAACUAAAGAAAUAAGAGUAUCAUUUCUUAAAAUUGUGAAGAAAAGAAAGAUAUCAACUUGA